GGAUCUUUAGCAUCAUAAACUUUUGGUGCCUAAACAGAUGAAGAGGAAUCCACUCAGUAAGAGGAUCUCCUCUAUAUAAAAGCUGCAUCUGCCAGACCAGGCAUAACAAAACCUCCAUGUACACUUUUCACUCCUUUCUUGUAUAUAUUAUUUUAUAAACAUGAUCCUCUUCGCUACACAUUGGAUCAUUUUUGGUCUUAUUUCUUCAUGUUUCGGUCAAGCUUAUUGGUACGAAACAAUUGCCCAUCAGGGAGUCGCUCCUUAUAAUCCUCAAGGGAGUGCAUAUCAGGUGUUUAGGAAUGUGAAGGAUUUUGGAGCUACAGGUAUAUUGAGCCAGAAACAUCUUACAAAAUCAGUCACUGAUCAGUUCCUAAGGAAAUGGUGUCACCGAUGAUACAGCUGCGAUUAAUGCCGCAAUCGCAUAUGGUUCUCGGUGUGUGGAAGGAGUUGCGGGUGUCGGAUGUGCAUCCGCAACUAAUUCACCAGCUGUGGUGUAUUUCCCUGCCGGAACAUACCUCAUUUCAUCCCCUAUUCUUCCAUACUACAUGACUCAAUUAGUUGGAAAUCCAAAUGCAUUACCAACCAUCAAAGCUACAGCUGGUUUUGUAGGUCUAGCACUUAUUGAUGCAGACCCUUAUGGAUCAUCUGUACCAGAUUAUGGCACCACAAAUGUAUUCUACCGUCAAGUUAGGAAUUUUAUCAUUGAUACUAGAAAUAUGCCAGCUACUUCCUUGGCACGAGGUAUUCAUUGGCCUACAGCUCAAGCAACUAGUCUUCAGAAUAUGGUCUUUAACCUCAAUACCGCGAGUGGUAAUCUGCAUCAAGGAGUCUUUAUUGAAAAUGGUAUGUCUAUCUCCAAUUACUACAUUGUAAAUUUCUGACGAAAUAUCUCAGGUUCCGGUGGAUUUUUGACUGAUCUUAUCUUUAAUGGGGGUCAAUAUGGCAUGAAUGUCGGUUCACAACAAUUUACUUCAAGAAACUUAACAUUUAAUAAGUAAGAAUACCGCUUCCAGAUAUAUCAUCAUACUGACGAGAUUAGUUGUGAAACUGCCAUAUAUCAACUUUGGGGUAAGGUUCUUCACAUCCAUUCUUUUGUUAUAUGACUAACAAUUUCUAGAUUGGGGUUGGACAUAUAUGGGCUUAUCAAUUAACAAUUGUGGUACUGGUCUUGAUAUGUCUGACGGAGGUUCUACAGCACAACAAGUUGGAUCAGUAACAGUCAUUGACAGCACUUUUACUAAUACGCCUAUUGGUAUCCUUACUGCUCGAAGUAGUACAUCACUUCCUCUUACUGCCGGAAGUCUAGCCAUCGAAAAUGUCAUCUUCACCAAUGUUCCCACUGCGGUAGAAGGACCAAAUGGAGUAUCUCUAGCAGGAAGCACUGGAUCAAUCAGCGUCGCUGCUUGGGUACAAGGCAAUACCUACAGUCCUACAGGUCCAAACUCUACCCAAGGUGCAACUUCAGCUUUUCCUCGUCCUGCAUCCUUGCUCAGCGGUACAAGGUAUUAUGCUCGAUCUAAGCCUCAGUACAAUACUCUCACCGCGGCUCAAUUUUCUAGUGUUCGUACAGCUGGAGCUAAGGGUGAUGGAGUAACCGAUGAUUCUGCUGCUCUCCAAGCAAUCAUCACUUCUGCAACAGCUGCAGGUAAUGUAAUAUACUUUGAUUCCGGUAUCUACAAAGUAACCACCACAAUCACGAUCCCAGCUGGAGCCCGGAUUGUCGGUGAAACCUACCCUGUAAUAAUGGGUUCUGGUUCCUUCUUCAGCAAUAUGAACGCUCCCCAACCCAUCGUUCGAGUUGGCUCUACGACUGGCGAAACAGGAGUCGUAGAAUGGUCUGACAUGAUAGUAUCAACGCAGGGUGCCACAUCAGGAGCAAAACUGAUUGAAUGGAAUCUCGCCUCUCCAUCUACCACUCCAUCCGGAAUAUGGGAUGUGCAUACACGAAUUGGUGGGUUCGAUGGGAGUAAUUUACAAGUUGCUCAAUGCCCUACUACUGGUACUCAACCGAAUGCAAAUUGUAUCGCGGCGUUUAUGAGUAUGCAUAUUACUAGUACUGCGAGUGGAUUGUAUAUGGAAAAUGUUUGGCUGUGGACUGCUGAUCAUGAUAUUGAUGAUGUGGAUGAUACUCAGAUUAGUAUUUAUACCGGAAGGGGAUUAUCUGUUGAGAGUACUACCGGGAACUUUUGGUUGUAUGUAUCUCUCUUCUAUUCUAUUGUUGGUAAUGGUAACUCACUGAUAUUAUACAGGGUUGGAACAGCAGUAGAGCAUCAUUCUCUCUACCAAUAUCAAUUCGCGAAUACCCAGAAUGUAUUCAUGGGAUACAUUCAAACUGAAACUCCGUAAGUGAUUUUUCCAUAUCACAUGAAGAUAGCCUUUUAUCUCCCAACGUCUAUCGUCUACAUCAUCCCACCCAAAUCUCCACACUGACGUCCAUCCCAAUUAAGAUACUACCAACCUGUUCCCCAAGCAACCUCACCGUUCCCACCAGUCACCUCCCUCAACGACCCCGAUUUUGCCACUUUUUGCGCUGGAAAAGGUCCUACUUGUUAUGAUGCAUGGGGAUUACGAAUUUUAGAUUCCCAAGAUAUACUAGUAUAUGGAGCUGGAUUUUAUAGUUUCUUUGAUAAUUAUAGUCUCAGUAAGCUUUUCCCAUCAGUCUUUUUCCUUCUACCCCCCACCCCCACAAACCUCUCUACCACUUCCCCAACAAUAUCCAAGCUAACCUCCCGACCCCCAGCAUGUUCCAACCAUACCGCCACAACCUACAACAGUAACUGCCAAACUCAAAUCUUCGGUAUCGAUGAAGGUGGCUCAGCAACAGAAUCAUGUACCGGAAGUACGGUCUAUGUCUAUGGAUUGAACACCUUGGGUGUGGAAAGUAUGAUUGAUAUGGAUGGGGAGAGUAUUGCUGAGUAUACGAGCAAUGGGAAUGUUUAUGGGGCGAAUGUUGUUAGGUUUGUUAGUUAGGGGGUUUUUUUAGAAGGCGGCGGGAAAUAUGAGGGUGUGGAGGAGUCAGGGAGAACGCCUAGGAGGAUGAGAAGAGAUGAUAGGGGUGGUAGAUGGAAGCAUUGUAGAGUUGGAGGGUUUUUUGUAUAUAUCAUUUAUUUCUAUUCACUUAUACCCAAUAUUGAGAAACG